AUGGCUACGAAUAAGGUGGAUGAGCUUACUCUCAUGUGCGAGGAGCUCAAUCAAGACUUUGGGAACGCAAGUGAACGGCGUCCCUUACCUCCCAAGAGUGUCCCGGAACGCAAGGAACGCUUUAAAACUACGAUGAGUGUGAUCUUGCACGGAAUCAAGGCAGAGGAAGUUGACGAGGCGAGUCCAUACCUAGUUUUAUCGCAUGCGCAGCUGCGCCUCUCAAUACAAAGCCAAUACCCACCCCACACCCUUCCUUUCCCCCUCCAUUCCUUCACCGACGCCACCGCCCCCGAGAUCAACAAAAACCGCGCAAGAAAAACAGCACCAAGUGCUCAGAGCACACAACAAAGCCACCCGAAUCGUUCUUCCCCCUCUGCCCGUCCCCCCUCGGUCGCUUGCAGUCCCCUUGUCCGCCCGCCCCCUACCCAACCACCCCCCACGAACGGCUACCCCGCACAUCUAGGACCCACUAGCCCACCACCUCAUAACCCUCCCCCCCUUCCACCCCCUUUCUCCCUACUAUCACCCCUACCCCCAGCCCCCCCCCCUUCAUCUCCCAGCUCCUACCCCCCUUGGUCUCCCGCUUCACCUGUCCCUUUCCCCUCGUUCAGCACCUCCCCUUCUCAUCUCUUCCUCCCGUCGACUACCUUCGUACUUCGCUCAUGUACCCUCCACUGA